GCGAGUGAACAGGUGAACACGAGUGUUUCAGUCGCGUCUUCUGACAGCACACGGUUUCUCAUGGAUGGAGUGGAAUAACUCUAGCAUAGUUUAAUGAUAUUUUAAUAGUUUUUAAGCGAUGGGGAUGUCUACUUUUCUUGGAGUGUUGGACAGUUUUCAUCUCAGAAGUUUUUGCUGAACAUCAACAUCAACUAACUGACCACCUACAUCUGUUUAUUAGUAUUGGAAGCUCCUGUCUGUAUGAUUUAAAAUGGCUUUCGCAAAAUUUGGCAAGAUCUUCCGACUUCCUACAAUUGAAAUAAAGAAGAAAACCAAACAAUACGAGCACCUACAACGGGAUGUAAACCCAAACGACAUGUGGGAAAUUAUCGGGGAGCUGGGCGACGGGGCUUUCGGGAAAGUUUAUAAGGCCCAGAAUAAAGAAACCGGAAUACUAGCUGCAGCCAAAGUGAUCGAAACCAAAAGUGAGGAGGAGCUGGAAGACUAUAUGGUGGAAAUCGACAUCUUGGCGUCCUGCAACCACCAGUACAUCGUCAAACUGCUCGAUGCCUUCUUCUUUGACAACAAACUGUCGAUAAUGAUCGAGUUUUGCCCCGGAGGUGCGGUCGAUGCCAUUAUGUUAGAGUUGGACCGGGGUCUUCAAGAACCCCAAAUCCGGGUGAUCUGCAAGCAAAUGCUGGAGGCUCUUCAGUACCUACACAGCAUGAAAAUCAUCCACAGAGACCUGAAGGCUGGAAACAUUCUCCUCACACUGGACGGAGACAUUAAACUAGCUGAUUUUGGAGUUUCUGCCAAAAACACCAAAACUCUCCAAAGACGAGACUCUUUUAUUGGGACGCCUUAUUGGAUGGCUCCAGAGGUUGUGAUGUGUGAGACCAUGAAGGAUGCUCCAUACGACUACAAAGCCGACAUCUGGUCACUGGGCAUCACACUGAUAGAGCUGGCGCAGAUAGAGCCGCCCCACCAUGAGCUCAACCCCAUGAGAGUCCUGCUAAAAAUCGCCAAGUCUGAGCCGCCCGGCCUAGAUCAGCCUUCCAAGUGGUCAAUGGAUUUUAACGAUUUCCUGAAAAAAGCUUUGGACAGACAUCCUGAGACGAGGCCAACCGCUGCUCAGCUUCUAGAACAUCCUUUCGUGAGUUCAGUGAAGACCAACCGUCCUGUACGAGAGCUGGUGGCUGAAGCUAAAGCUGAGGUUAUGGAGGAGAUCGAGGAUAAUCACGAAGAAGGAGAGGAUGAAGACCCUGCGGACCUCACACCUGUACAGGCCCCAACUAAAGACCCGUCACAAACCAGUGCGACCAGUUUGAAUGGGGACCACCCGCAUGACACAUGCCACGUCGAAACUCCAAUGGAGAUUGAGGAGGAGCCCAGCACCCUCGAGUCCACCAAAACCCCGUUGAAAGAGCAGGAGGACAACCUUAGUGAUAAGUUUCAAGAGGAAGAUCAUGAUAAACCUGAGAGCGAGGCGUCGGGCAAAGCCUCCUGUUCGGACUCUGGCAUCGAGGAUGGCAAAAGCACACCCACCUCAGAGGAGGACGCCAAGACAGUUGAAGCUUCUGAACCAGAGCUUCCUGUACAGAGGACAUCAAAACCUGCAGAGGAACCUGAAUAUCCCUCAGAAACCAUGGAGCAACACUUGGAGAAGCCCAAAGAGCCUGAGAAAGAAGAUCACUGUGAGGAAACUCAACCAGUGCUGAAAAGAAUUCAGUUGAAGGACCCGAACGGUCGCAUGUCUGUGGUGAGCGACAGGUCCUCCUUUGCUGGGGAGGACUCAGAAAGUUUGGUUUCUCACACCAAUGGCAGGUUAUCAAAUCGAUACUCGGAUGUGGCCAGUGAAAGCAUGGACAUCAGUCUGAACCUCUCGGGUGAUCUUUCAGUCAACAAGGAGAUGGGCACCAUCUCUUUAAGGGACUCCAAGAAGACAUUGAAGCGCACCCGUAAGUUCUUGGUGGAUGGUGUUGAAGUGAGCGUCACCACUUCCAAAAUCAUCACCGACGAUGAGAAGAAAGACGAGGAGAUGAGGUUUCUCAGGCGUCAGGAGCUUCGGGAUCUGCGUCUCCUGCAGAAAGAGCAGCAUCGCUCGCUGACGGUGCUUAACAUGAAGCUGAAGGAGCAGCGCGAGCAGAUGCAGCGCAGGUUUGACCAGGAGAUGAACGCCAAGAAGAAAUACUACGACACGGAGCUGGAGACCCUGGAGAAACAGCAGAAGCAGACCAUCGAGAGGAUGGAGAUGGAGCACAGCGUAGGACUGAGAGAAGAGGGAAAGCGCAUCCGUGUGGAGCAGGAAAAAGCUUACAUCAAGUUCCUGGACCAGAUGAAACAAAAGAAGAAAGAGGUCAAACAAGAAGUUGAGAAGAUGCCCAGGAAUCAGAGGAAGGACACUUUGAAGAUGAAAAUGAGCAACUUUCAACUGAUGAAGUCAGACGAGGAGCAGAAGUUCAUUGCAGAUCAGAAGGAAUACCUGGAUGUGACUCUCAAGAGCAUCAUUUCUAAAAACAAGCAUGAAAUCUCAGAGACCGAGCGCCAGUGUCUGCUCAAAAAACAGAAUCUUGUCAGAGAGCGAGAGGCGACAAUCUGGGACAUGGAGGAGAAGAACCUGCAUGAGCGACACCAGCUCCUCAAACAGCAGCUGAAGGACCAGUACUUCCUGCAGAGACACCAGCUCCUCAAGAAACACGACAAGGAACGGGAGCAGAUGCUGCACUACAACCUGCGGAUGGUCGAACUUCUCAAGGCCCGACAGCAACAGGAGAGGAGCAGACUGCCUAAAAUCCAGCGCAACGAUGCCAAAACGCGCAUGGUCAUGUUCAAAAAGAGCCUCAAAAUCAACUCCAGCGGCAGCGCAUCAGAAGACAGAGAAAGGGUCAAGCAGUUCUCGAGAACGGAGGAGAAGAGGCAGAAAGCCGAACGCCUGCACCAGCAGCAGAAACAUGAGAACCAGAUGCGGGAGAUGCACAGCCAGUGUGAUGGAAACACCAGAGAACUGCAGCAGCUCCAGAAUGAGAAGUGCCACCUGCUGAUUGAAAACGAAACGCAGCGUCUGAAGUCACUGGACGAGCAGCACAACCAGCAGCUGAAGGAGUGGAGAGAACAUCUCAAACCCAGGAAGAAGGUUCUGGAAGAAGAACUGACCCUGAGGAAAAAAGAGCAGGAGCUUUUCUUCAAGAUGACGGAAGAGUCUGACUGUCAGAACGUCGGCUCUCCAAACAAACUCACCAAGUUCCUGCCGUACGUGGACUCCUCCACCACAUGAGUUCAGCCGCACACACACUCACACAGCCAGCUUCACACCAAGUGUUUUAGCUUUUUAUUAUUUAAAAAAAAAAGAAAUCUUUCUGGAGAGGAAAUCACACGUCCACUCUCCGUAUAUACACAAUCACCUGUAGUCUGUGAAUGCAGCUUAAAAAAUAGGAAAAACUGCAGCAAAGCCAAAGAAUUUUUCAAAAUAGUUCUAAGAACCAAACUGACUCCUCAUUCAUCUCUUUACACACAAUCAUUGACCAUUGAUUAGUGGGUUCUUUACUAGUGUUUUCAUUUCGGUGGGAGUUUGUACUGGUAAGAAAUGAGGGCAUUAAUCUGUCAGAGCUGCUAGUUUAUUCACAGACUCGCUUUUAGUUUUAUUUUAAGUUUCAAAUAUUAUAAAACGCUUCAAUUUAAAACGACAAUGCCAAAUCUGUUGUACAAACCUCACAUGUUCUUAUGCAGUUUUAUUUUUUCUAUGAUCCUUUAAUAUAUUCAGUAUGAAGUUGAAGCUUUAUCACUUACCUUUUAAACAUCAGCGUUCAACUUUGUACAAAUGUUUUGUUUUUUACUGCAGACGUUUUCAUUUACUAACGUGAACUGCGCAAGUGUAGAUUCAGUUCGGUACGUAAGUUAUUUUAUUUGUUUGUUGGAUCUUUGUCAUUUAAUGUUUUAGGCAGCGUUUAGUUACUCUGAAAGCUUCACCAAAAUGUGAGGUAAAAUCUGCGGUCAGUGGCACAUUUACUGUAAACACGUCACACUGGAUAAGGAAAAUAAAAAAGACCACGCUGGUAUCAACAGUACCCGCAGCGCCAAAGUUAGAAUCGUCUGGAAAUUGUGUGUGUGUACGCCGAACGGACGUUUUUAUUGUUGAUGAUUGAUUAUGUCGCUGUUUAAAGCACUGUCACCUAACUCAAGUGCAAUAAGUUGUGUUCAGAGAUUGAUUUUAUACAUGGUAUUUUACAGCAGCUUCCACCUUUUAGCCACUUGAAGGAUUUAUGUUUGAGAACGAGUCGUGUCUGGUAAUGAGGUACGGCCAUUUUAUUUACUUUAUUGUUCUUAUUUUAUGUCGUUGAUCGUUCCUUUUUUGAGUCUGUGACUGUGUGAGCAAAAGCUCAGCGUGGAUGAGUGAUCAGAUGAAUGAAACUGUUCUACAAGAGUAUAUAUAAUAAAUAAGAUGUAUAUUA